CCUCUGUGUACAGGCAGACCAUGCAUGAGACAAACCACACCGAAAAGUAUUCGUCAACCUACGAAAAUGCAAAAAAUGAGGACGAGUACGCCAAAGGCUACAAGGAAAAGUACAACGAUGAAGUGGGGUACGAUACAAACAGCGAGUACGAUGCAAAAUACGAAAAUGCCCGUUUAGUAGUUAAAAAUACUCCGAAUACAAAUUUAUCUUUUGGUACAAAUAAUCGUUUCGAAAACGUGAACCGUUUUGAAGACACGAACCGUUUUGAAGACACGAAUCGUUUUGAGGGUGGAGACCAUUACAGCGAGAGUGCAAACUACGACGGUGACGUAUACAAAAAGGAGAAGUUGUACGAGGAGAACAUUUCUAAUACGAGCAGCUUUAACGAGUUGAGCGGUGGGUUCGGCGCACUGAGCAACGACGUGAGCACCGGAAGCGAGUUUAAGCCGGAAUACAAGGAGGGCUUUUUUCCAGAUUUCAAGGAAAAGGAAUUCGGGAGCAAAUUCAAAACCGAGUUCAUAAACAUUGAUGAGAUGAGCGAGCAGCCUUUGUACGUGAACGCCCAUCAGUUCAACUGCAUACGCAAGAGGAAGUUGCGGAGGGACUUUUUGGACAGUAUCACCAGGCCAAAGAGCGUCAAUGGGAGCGGCUAUCUGCACGAGAGCAGGCACAGACACGCCAUGAACAGGCUGAGGGCGCCCUCUGGACGGUUUCUGACCAAGGAAGAGGCCAAGGAGGUGAGAAUGAAAGAGAAGAAGACGUAGUUGAGCGGUGUUUCGGUUUGCUGUUGCGCAUGGUUUUGUAGUUGUGGUUCGGUUGAUCGGUAUUGUAGAUAGAAAGAAACGAUUUAUCAGUCAUUUUGAUGUAAAUUAUUAUUACGUAUAAUAAAACGCACAUUAAUUGCUUUGGUUUUGCACAACAUGCAAAUGUUUUUGUG